ACAUUUGGGAGAACACAUGAUUUGUACUGCAAUAAAGAUGACUUUACAUUUGUGCUUUUUAUUCAAUGUUAGACCUUACAGACAGACAUCAAGCUAGGCUUGAGAGAAAGGACCAUGGCAAAAAAUCUAUUUGUUUUGUGAUUUUAAUUAUGGGACUAAAGCAGCUUUGUCAUACUGUAUUAGACUGUUUCUCUGUUCAUGUUGUGCUAGUCACACAAUUCCAGGAGACGGAGGAGUUAUUUUUAGCUUACAUGCGUUCAUUUGUUCCAGCUGUUUAUGACGUAACAGUGGCCAUUCCCAAAACAUCUCCUCCACCUACAAUAAUGUUAAGACUCUUCAAGGGGCAACCAUCUGUGGUACAUGUACACAUCAAGCGGCAUGUGAUGAAGGAUUUGCCUGAAAGUGAUGAUGCUGUUGCACAAUGGUGCAAAGACGUAUUCACCAUCCUUAUGCAAUUCUUGAUUCUCUUCUCUCAGUCAGAACGUUCAACUCCUGCCAAGGUACCUUAGUGUGAUCUCAUUUUUAAAUAUUAUGCUUUUUUUUAUCCCCUUUUUGUACAACAUAGUGGGUAUGCAUAUUGGUUCGUUUCUUGCUCUAGUUGAUUAGGAUAAAUUUAUACUCUUUAAAGAGGACGGUAUAGAAUUAUUACUGAAUUAGCAAUUUAGGGCUGGAAAAACCACACCUACAGUUCCUUUUGUAUUUUCUUCUUAGGUUGAAAGGUGUAAUAGGUGAAAAGUGGAUUACUUUACUUUUUCUUUGCAGAUUGAUCACUUUCCUAUGAUCAGUUUCAGUUUUUCUUUCCCUUUAUUUUACUCCCCAUUUUGGUGGUGUUAUUUGUAUUACAGUAGUUUUCUU